CUUUCUAAAAUUUAAAGCAAUAAAAUACCAAACCAAGCAUUCAUCAAUGAAUUACUCUCACGCCCAAUAAUUCUCCCAAACAAAGUUUCUCUACUACAAUGGCUUCUGAUGACAAUGUAAUAGUCAAAGAAGUCAACGAUUACUUCCGGUUAUACAAAAGCGGCCGCGUUGAGCGUUUCUAUGACGUACACGGCUCCUUCUACGUUCCACCGUCGCCGGAAAAUCCAUCCGCCGGCGCUUUUUCCAAAGACAUCACCAUCUCACCUCACGUCUCUGCCAGACUCUACCUCCCGGAAAACACCACCGCCGGCCAAAAACUCCCCGUCUUAGUAUAUUACCACGGCGGCGGACUUUGCAUUGAAUCUGCUUUUUUUACAUGGACUCACCGUUAUGUUAACUCUUUAGCUUCCGAAUUAAACGUCGUUGCUGUUUCGGUAAAUUACCGUUUAGCCCCUGAAGUCGAUGUGCCGAUUAUUUACGAAGAUUGUUGGACCGCACUUCAAUGGAUUGCAUCACAUGCCGAUGAAAAUUCGAAUAGUGAUAAAAAUAAUAAUAAUGAUGAUUCAUGGUUAACGAAUUUUUGUGAUUUUAGUAAAGUAUUUUUAGUUGGUGAUAGUGCUGGUGGCAAUAUAGUGUAUCAUAUGACUAUGAGGGCCGGCAAAGAAACGUUGAAUAAUAAUAAUGAGGUGAAAAUUAUAGGAUCGAUUUGUGCGUAUCCAUAUUUUUUAAUUGGAGAUAUCGAUAUUGAUGAAGAAGGUUUGGCUUAUAAGAUUUGGGUUAAUAUUUGUCCGACAUUGGAGUUCGGGUUAUUAUCCCCAAUUGAUAGUCCAUUGAUUAACCCGCUUUGUGAAAAGGCUCCAUCGUUAUCAGGGUUAGGUUGUUCGAGACUUUUGUUGUGUAUGGGGAAAAAAGAUUAUGUUAUUCCUAUAGAAAUUGGGGGUCGAUUUGUUGAAGAAGUGAAGAAGAGCGGGUGGGAUGGAGAUUUACAGUUUGUUGAGAUUGAUGAAGGACAUUCUUUUCAGAUAUAUAAAUCUGAAUCUGAAGAAGCUAAACGUAUGAUGAAGUGUUAUGAUGCUUUCAUCAAUCGCUAGUAAAGUACAAUUUACACCUAAAGGGCCUGUGAGUUGUGACAAACAAAAUUUGCUUCGCUCGUGAGUUGGGUUUGUAACUUUUUUGUUGUUUGCUUUGAUUUUCUUUUUUAUAUUAGUUGUUACUGAUGAAUGUUUAUUGCAAAAUAAAUCUCAUUUUCACUAAGAUAA